CGCGUGGCUGCCGUGAGCUUGACGCUCGUCUGGACUGAGACUCACUAAUUGCGGUGGCUGCUGCUUUCUCGGCCAACAUGGGACUCGGUGGGGGAUUUAUCACCAACGGAUUUUAAGACACCGCGCUUGGGGGAAGAUGGCCGAGAGGCUGGAAUGGGUGGAGAUCAUCGAGCCGCGCACGCGGGAGCGCAUGUACGCCAACCUGCUGACGGGCGAGUGCGUGUGGGACCCCCCGCCGGGCGUCCGCAUCAAGCGCACGGGCGACAACCAGUGGUGGGAGCUGUUCGACCCCAACACCUCGCGCUUCUACUACUACAACGCCUCCACGCAGCGCACCGUCUGGCACCGCCCCCAAGGCUGCGACAUCAUCCCGCUGGCCAAGCUGCAGACGCUCAAGCAGCACACGGACGGCGCCGACCCGCGACCGGCCGGCGGGGGCGGGGCCUCGGCCGACAACAGCCCGGGACGCAACAGCGGCGUGAGCCGGGAGGGAAGCACCUCCUCCUCGCUGGACCAGGAGGCGUGCGACAAGCAGGGCGGGAAAGAGGAGGCGGAGCGGACGUCCCCCUUCAGGUGGAAUACAGGUACGAAGGAGCGUAUGCUGAUCAAGGUGACGGACAGGGAGCCCAGCUUCUUGGCCCACCAGGGUAACGGCUACUCUCCCUGCGACCCCCCCACACCAGGAGCUCUGUCGGGAGGGGGCACAGCCUCGCGGACCCGCCGUUCUUCCGGAGGCCACCCGCCCUCGGAAGCCGACGGCUCGCCUGUCCUCUACGCCGAGCGCCGCCACUCUCCCUUCAUGAAGCGGGCGGAGCUGGGCGGCACACAGCGCCGCUCGUCCGCCGACUCCCAGCCUUCGUCGCCGCGCUACGCCUACGAGCCACCGCUGUACGAGGAGCCGCCUUCUGAGUACCAGCCCCCGCCCAUCUAUGAGGAGCCUCCGUCCGACAUUCACCUGUCCGACUCCUCCUUCUACGGCUCAGGCAAGUCCCCUGCUCGCAAGACUUCGGCGCCGCUCUACCACUCCCCCAAGCAGUCCCCGUACGGCCAGCUGGUUCUGACCCGCCAGAAGUGUCCGGAAAAGACACAGAGUCUGGAGUACAGUCCUGUGGGCAAGGAGUAUGUCAAACAGCUGGUUUAUGUCGAGCAGUCGUCAUCCAGUCCUCGCUUUAAGACCACCGACCGCAUGCUGCGUUACGGCACCACCGGAGGCUACGGCGGCUCCUACGGGGGCUCCUACACUCUGCAGCACAGCCAGUCUCUGAUUAGGGAUCCCCGCCUGCUGCUGGACUACAGCGGCGAGGGUGGAGAAGGGGGACAGAGGCUGCUUUAUGAAGACUCUGUGUCCUGGUCCAGCCACACUCACUCCCUGUCCACGUCCUCCGCCGGCCCUUUCUCUCCCGGUGGGAACCGCAAACGAAAAAGCCGCAAGCCGUCGCUUCCGCAGGAGCUGGCCCGCUGCGGCGCCCCUGACGGGGACUUGGUGGGCACGGCGUCAGAAGCCAUGCUAGCCCAGGCCCGGCUGGCCUGGGAGGCGCAGCAGGUGAUGAAACAGAGGAGCAGCUGGGACUCGGACCAGGGUGGUGGUCUGCAAGGCUCCAAGGACGGAUACGAGAGCGAUGGCGCCGUACCUCCGCCCCUGCCGGGCCCCGUGGUGAGGGCCUUCAGCGAAGAUGAGGCGCUGGCCCAGAGUGACGGCCACCACUGGAAGCGCAGCACCUUUGAGAGGCUGGGCUUCCCUCAGGCCCUACUGGAAAAAAGCCUUUCAGUCCAGACCAGCCUGGCGUCCCCCGAGCCCUACCUGCACCCUUCACAGUCGGAGGACCUCGGCGCCUGCGCCCAGUUUGAGGCCAGCCGCAACGCCAGGAACAUGAUGCCGAGCGCCAGCUGUGGAGUUUUCCCAGAAUUCACCCUGAGAAAGCCCUCGUCUGAGACCGACAUAGAGAACUGGGCGUCCAAGCAUUUCAACAAACACACGCAGGGUCUGUUCAGAAGAAAGGUGUCCAUCGCCAACAUGCUGGCGUGGAGCAGCGAGCCCAUCAAAAAGCCAAUGAUUGUCACGUCAGACCGCAGCGUGAAGAAAGAGGCGGUGGACAUCUUCAAGCUGAUCCAGACCUACAUGGGGGACCGGCGCACCAAAGUGGACCCCUUAAAUGUGGCCCUGGAGGUGGUGGUCCGCGGGUGGAGCAACCAGGGCUUACGUGACGAGCUCUACAUCCAGCUGUGUCGCCAGACCACGGAAAACUUCCGCUACGACAGCCUGGAGCGCGGCUGGGAGCUGAUGGCGAUCUGCCUGGCUUUCUUCCCCCCGACCCCGCGCUUCCACAACUACCUGGAGGGUUACAUCUGCCGACACAUGGACCCCCUCAACGACACCAAGGGAGUAGCCAUCAGCAGCUACGCCAAACACUGCAACAGGAAGUUGACCAAGGCAGCUCUGACCGGCGCCAAGAAGGGUCUGCAGAAGCCGUGCUUGGAGGAGAUCCAACAUGCCAGGAACGCCAUCUUCAGUCCCUCCAUGUUCGGCUCGUCCCUGGAGGAGGUCAUGGCCUUGCAGAAGGAGCGCUACCCGGACCACCAGCUGCCCUGGGUCCAGACCCGCUUGUCCGAGGAGGUCCUGGGCCUAAACGGGGACCAGACGGAAGGCAUCUUCAGGGUCCCAGGAGACAUUGAUGAAGUGAACGCCCUCAAGCUGCAGGUGGACCAGUGGAAAAUCCCCACAGGACUGGAAGACCCUCACAUUCCAGCCUCCCUGCUCAAGUUCUGGUACCGCGAGCUGGAGGAGCCGCUCAUCCCUCACGAGUUCUACGACGAGUGCAUCAAGCACUACGACAACGCCGAGGCGGCGGUCAACGUGGUCCUGGGUCUGCCGCACAUCAACAAACUGGUCCUCUGCUACCUGGUCCGCUUCCUGCAGGUGUUCGGGCAGCCCGCCAACGUGUCCGUCACCAAGAUGGACGUCAACAACCUGGCCAUGGUCAUGGCCCCCAACUGUCUACGCUGCCAGUCGGACGACCCCCGGGUGAUCUUCGAGAACACCCGCAAGGAGAUGUCCUUCAUCCGCGUCCUCGUCCAGCGGCUGGACACCAGCUUCAUGGACGGCAUCCUAUAGCCCCGCCCCCCCCGGUCUCAAGUGAAGGCGUUUGCUCCUUGGCCGGACUUCGCGGGUCACAUGACUGCGUGCCUUCACGUACCUUUUAUAGACGUGCCUGCAGGGAUCCCAUCAGCCUCUCUGGUCACGUGACUCCUCCCCCCCCGCUGUCUUGGCAGCUAAGGCUCACCGCCUGAGGCCCCGCCCACAUCCAUACACCCCCGCCCACUACUAAUUUGUGAAUGUCGUGUCAUUGUUUACGACUGUGGCUUGUUUAUUUCACAUUAUUUAACAUGUUGUUUCCUUAAAGGCCUACUGAAAUGAGAUGUUCUUAUUUAAACGGGGAUCGCAGGUCCAUUCUAUGUGUCAUACUUCAUCAUUUCGCCAUAUUGCCAUAUUUUUGCUGAAAGGAUUUAGUAGAGAACAUCCACGAUAAAGUUCGCAACUUUUGGUUGCUAAUAGAAAAGCCUUGCCGGUACCGGAAGUAGCAGACGAUGUGCGCGUGACGUCACGGGUUGUGGAGCUCCUCACAUCUGAACAUUGUUUAUAAUCAUGGCCACCAGCAGCAAAAGCGAUUCGGACCGAGAAAGCGACGAUUUCCCCAUUAAUUUGAGCGAAGAUGAGAGAUCCGUGGAUGAGGAAAGUGAGAGUGAAGGACUAGAACAUGGGUGUCAAACUCUGGCCUGCGGGCCAAAUUUGGCCUGCCAUGUAAUUUAUUUCGGCCCUUGAGACAAUAUUAAAUUAACAUUAGAGCUGGCCCGCCGGUAUUAUACAGCGGCGGUGCAUUUACAGCUUGCCAACCCUCACGAUUUUCCCAGGAGACUCCCGAAUUUCAGUCCCCCCUCCUCCCCCGAAAAUCUACCAGGGCAACCAUUCUCUGAAUUUUUCCCGAUUUCCACUCAGACAACAAUAUUGCCGGCGUGCCUUAAAGGUACUGCUUUUAGCGUCCUUUACAACCUGUCGUCAUGUCUGCUUUUCCGCCAUACAAUCAGCGUGCCGGCCCAGUCACGUAAUAUAUGCGAAUUCUACACACACACAAGUGAAUGAAAGGCAUACUUGGUCAACAGCCAUACAGGUCACACUAAGGGUGGAUGUAUAAACAACUUUAACACUGUUACAAAUAUGCACCACACUGUGAACCCACACCAAACAAGGAUGACAAACAUUUCAGGAGAACAUCCGCACUGUAACACAACAUCAACACCAUAGAACAAACACCCAGUACCCCUUGCAGCACUAACUCUUCCGGGAGGCUACAAUAUACACCCCCGCUACCAACAAAACUCGAUUUUGCAUGUAAGUUAUAUACGCCUUGCUUGUUCAAUAUUCAAUGCAAAACUUGUUUGGGUCCCUAUUAAAAGGUUAAGUUGUUCAACUUUGGCCGGCGGCUUUGUUCAGUUUAGAAUUUUGGCCCACUCCGUAUUUGAGUUUGACACCCCUGGACUAGAAAAAAGAAAAAAAAGACGGGGUUAGUGUGAGCGAUUUAGAUGUUAUUAGACACAUUUACUAGGAUAAUUCUGGAAGAUCCCUUAUCUGCUUGUUGUGUUACUAGUGUUUUAGUGAGAUUUUAAAGAUUGUAAAGACAUACCUCGAGGUCGGGUGGCUGCGGUGAACACGCAGUGUCUCAGAGGGAAGCCGAGGAGCCAAGCUCACAGCCGCCUUUUUUUGACAGCUGCUGCAGGACGACGAAUAAUCCACUGAUGUCUCGAGAUUAGAUAUAUAUCACAAUUUCCCCAUCCAAAAACAUGUUGGUUGACGUAGAGAAAACAUGUUCGCUUGACCGCUCUGUGUUAAAACUUCACAACAAACAAAGAAACACCGGCUGUGUCUCGGUGCUAAAGGCACCGCUUUCCACCAACAGCAUUCUUCUUUGACGUCUCCAUUAUUAAAAUGGACAAAUUGCAAAAGAUUCAGCAACACAGAUGUCCAAAAUACUGUGUAAUUAUGUGAUGAAAAGAGACAACUUUUAGCCGUGUUUUGUGCUGCGCUAUGUCCCCUGCAACAUGUGACGUCACGCGUAAGCGUCAUCAUUCCGCCACGUUUUCAACAAGAAACUUGCGGGAAAUUUAAAAUUGCAAUUUAGUAAACUAAAGCGGCCGUAUUGGCAUGUGUUGCAAUGUUAAUAUUUCAUCAUUGAUAUAUAAACUAUCAGACUGUGUGGUCGCUAGUAGUGGCUUUCA